UAUUAAGGCCCGGGGCCCUCAGUGAUCCCUCCCUGAACUUGUGAAGCUGAACUCCAGCUCCGACCAGCAGUCAGUCAGUCAGACAGUCAGUCAGCGGUGGGAUCGGCAGCCGCAUGGCUUCUGCGUAAACUUUCCUCAGCAACAAGUGGAGACUGUCGGAGACGACACGAGGAAGAGCUCUUCUAUGACUCCCGCGCUCCGCUUAUGAAAGUGUUGUUUCCCACUCGUGCAUGCGUAAACCAGCGGGGAGCUGUGGCGCCGUGUCCCGGCCAGAAGACUAGAACAAACGAGUGGCAACAGCAGUCCGGAGGCAUGAUUUGGAGACGGGGCUCGGUGGCUGCUGCCUUUCUCCUCUGCUUCCUCCUGAAGGUGUCGGAGGGAACGGGCAAAUUCGAGAUCCAAAUCCUGUCACUGCAGAACGCCAACGGAGAGCUGCAGAACGGCCUGUGCUGUGAUGGCACGCGGAACGCCGCGGAUAGAAAGUGCACGCGGGACGAGUGCGAUACGUUUUUCAAAGUGUGUCUGAAGGAAUACCAGUCGCGGGUGUCCGUUGCGGGGCCCUGCAGCUUCGGAGUGGGAUCCACGCCGGUGCUCGGAGGGAAUACGUUUUCUUUCAAGAGCGCACUGGGGAAUGACCUCACGGAAUCCUUGAUAGUUUUGCCCUUCUCUUUUGCCUGGCCGAGGUCCUACACUUUGAUCGUGGAGGCCUGGGACUUCAACAACGAAACCAGCGGUGCAGAAGGGAAGUUGAUAGAGAAAGCGUCUCUUUCGGGCAUGAUCAACCCCAGCCACAACUGGCAGAGGCGCACCCACAACGGCCCCGUCGCUCAGUUCGAGUACCAAAUCAGGGUUCGCUGCGAUGACCAUUACUUCGGCUUUGGUUGCAACAAGUUCUGUCGGCCCAGGGACGAGUUCUUUGGGCAUUACACGUGUGACGGAAAUGGAAACAAAACGUGUCUGGAAGGCUGGUCUGGGCCUGAAUGCAACACAGCAAUUUGCCGCCAGGGCUGCAGCACUGAGCAUGGGUCGUGCAAGGAGCCUGGUGGAUGCGAUUGUCUCUACGGCUGGCAGGGCCAGUACUGCGAUAAGUGCAUCCCUCAUCCCGGCUGCGUGCACGGCACCUGCGUGGAGCCGUGGCAAUGCCUGUGUGAAACCAACUGGGGGGGACAUCUCUGCGAUAAAGAUCUGAAUUACUGCGGAACUCGCCAGCCAUGUCUAAAUGGGGGGACGUGCAUCAACACAGGACCUGAUAAGUACCAGUGCACCUGUGCGGAGGGUUACUCAGGUGCAAACUGUGAGAGAGCGGAACGGGCUUGUCUCUCUAAUCCCUGCUCCAACGGGGGGAGCUGCUCAGAAACCAGUCAAGGAUACGAGUGUCGGUGCGCUCCCGGUUGGAGUGGCCCCUCCUGCUCCACGAAUGUGGACGACUGCUCCCCCAACCCCUGUAGUCACGGAGGGACCUGCCAGGAUCUAGUCAACGGCUACAAGUGUCACUGUCCGUCACAAUGGACGGGGAAGACGUGCCUGAUCGAUGCCAACGAAUGUGACAGCAAGCCCUGUGUCAAUGCCAACUCCUGCCGCAACCUGAUUGGUGGAUACUUCUGCGAGUGCCUGCUGGGUUGGACGGGCCAGAACUGUGACAUCAACAUCAACGACUGCAAGGAUCAGUGCCAAAAUGGAGGAACUUGUAAGGACUUGGUGAACGGCUAUCGCUGCCUCUGCCCGCCUGGUUUUACCGGCGAGCUCUGCGAAAGGGACAUUGACGAGUGUGCGAGCUCGCCGUGUCUGAACGACGGCCGGUGUCAGGAUGAGGUGAACGGUUUCCAGUGUCUGUGUCUGACCGGCUUCUCAGGAAACCUCUGCCAGCUGGACAUCGACUACUGCUCACAGAACCCGUGUCAGAAUGGAGCGCCCUGCUUCAACCUGGCCAGUGACUACGUGUGCGCUUGUCCGGAAGACUAUGAGGGCAGGAACUGCUCCCACCUAAAGGACCACUGUCGGACCACCACAUGCACAGUGAUUGACAGCUGCACGGUCGCUGUGGCAUCCAACAGCACACCGGGAGGAGAGCGCUACAUUUCGUCAAAUGUGUGUGGACCUCACGGCCGCUGCCGGAGUCAAGCCGGAGGACAGUUCACCUGCGAGUGCCAAGAGGGCUUCAGGGGCACCUACUGCCAUGAGAACAUCAACGACUGUGAGAGUAACCCCUGCCGCAACGGAGGCACCUGCAUCGACAAAGUCAGCGUGUACCAGUGCAUCUGCGCUGACGGCUUUGAAGGCGACCACUGCGAGAUAAACAUCGACGACUGCAGCACCAGCCCCUGUCGUAAUGGAGGAACGUGCCGGGACCUGGUGACUGAUUUCUUCUGCGAGUGUAAAAAUGGCUGGAAGGGAAAAACCUGCCACUCCCGUGAAAGUCAGUGUGAUGAAGCAACGUGCAACAACGGGGGGACCUGCCAUGACGAGGGCGACACAUUCCAGUGCAAGUGUUCCCCGGGCUGGGAGGGAACGACGUGCAACAUAGCAAAAAACUCCAGUUGUCUGCCCAACCCAUGUGAAAAUGGAGGUACCUGCGUGGUGAAGGGAGAGUCCUUCACCUGUGUCUGCAAGGAAGGCUGGGAGGGUCCCACCUGCACCCAGAAUACCAACGACUGCAGUCCACACCCUUGCUACAACAGUGGGACUUGUGUCGAUGGGGACAACUGGUACCGCUGCGAGUGUGCGCCAGGCUUCGCAGGUCCAGACUGUCGCAUUAAUAUCAACGAGUGCCAGUCCUCUCCCUGUGCUCUGGGUUCCACCUGUGUGGAUGAGAUUAACGGAUAUCGCUGCUUGUGUCUCCCGGACAGAACCGGAUCCCACUGUCAAGAAAUCACAAAGAAACAUUGCUCUGUUAACGGACACGUUGCUGCUGAUGGAACCAAAUGGGAAGAAGACUGCAACAGUUGCCAAUGCUCCAAUGGAAAAGUCGUGUGCACAAAGAUGUGGUGUGGGCCAAGAUCUUGCAAACUAGGUGGUAAAGGUCGAGGUGGUUGCCCAGUGGGAAAGAGCUGCCUCCCUAUUAGGGACGGCCAUUGCUUCGUGAAGCCUUGUCCUGAUGCUGGAGAGUGCUGGGACUCCAACCCUCCGAAGCCCCCCGUUAAAUGCCACCCCAGCUCCCCUUACCAGGACAGCAGCUGUGCCAACAUCACCUUCACCUUUAACAAGGAGAUCAUGUCAUCAGUAGGGGGCUUGACUGUGGAGGGAGUAUGCAACAAGCUGAGGCAUUUAAAUGUGGUCAAGAAUUUCUCCUUGGAACAACGCUUGUAUAUAACAUGUGACCCAUCCUUUUCGGCCAGCAAUGAGAUCCACGUCUGCAUUUCAACAGAAGACCACCGCUUGGACCGCAGCCCCAUAAAAGAGAUCACGGAUAAGAUCAUCGACCUGGUUAGCAAACGCAAUGGGAACAACACAAUCAUAUCUGCCAUUGUGGAAGCUCGCGUACCAAGUCCCAACAAAACAGAUUACCUUGUGCCUCUUCUGAGCUCCAUCUUUAUCGUCAUCUGGGUGCUGGUGCUGGUCUCCGUUCUUCUUUGGUGCAUGCGACGCCGGCGGAAGCAGAGCAACCACAAUGGGACGUCGGCAAACGGCUCUGAGGACAACACGACCAACAACGUGCGAGAGCAGCUCAACCAGAUCAAGAACCCUAUAGAAAAGCACGUGGGCCUGACGGUGGCCAUCAAAGACUACGAAAACAAGAACUCCAUCAUUGCCAAAAUAAGGACAAAUCAUCCGGAAGGGGAUGAGGACGACAAGGAGAGGCACUUACAGAAGAGCCGCUUUGCCAAACAGCCAGCAUACACACUGGUGGAGAGGGACGAGAAGGCGCCCAUCUCCAACCCCAAUUCCACAUCCAAGCAUCCUAAUUGGACUAAUAAACAGGAUAACAGAGACUUGGAGACAGCAAACAGCAUAAACAGGAUGGACUACAUUGUAUAGCAGACAGCUGUGUUGCUGAGCAACCAAGCCUUAUGCCUUCACACCCAGGUGGUGGGUUAAAACCGGGGAACAUUGACAUGUGUAGUUAGAAAACUGUCAUGUCUGUUGUUGACCCCACAGUAUUUUCCGAUUUUCCCCGUGUUAAUUUAAGUUCUGACAAGCUGGCUUACACUGGCAGUGACGGUUGCUUUGUUUGGCUGGAAUUAUAAGGCACUGGUCUACAUUUCACUGCAGAACAACUUGCAAAAGUGUCCUGUUGUGCAUUUCAUUUCCCUUUCUUAACAAGACUUGGCGGACACAUGGAAGGGCCUCCUGGUGUCGUUGUGGUCCAGUGGCUUAAACUGACAUGUCCAGCACUAGAUCCAGUCAUUAUUUUUGGUAAACAUUUUAGUUCUGUUUCGGAGAAAGUGCCUUCUCAGCUUUAAACUUCAGCAAUUGUCAAAUGAAAAAAAAGAAAUCCACUUUAUUAUUUAUUUUUAUUUUGGAUGGGAAGGGGAGGGAGAAGAGAGGGUUCGAUGUCAGCAGUCGCUGCCAAAAUGAAGAAUAUAUGUGACAAUUUAGAACCUGUAGAUAUGUACAUUUUUUUUUAUUAAUCAUUGUGUAUAUUUGAUUUAUUAACUUAAUAAUCAAGAGCCUUAUCAUUCCUUUUUAUUUAUGUUUUGUAUAGAUUGAAGGUUUUGAUAGAUACAUUUCUGUCAUUGAAUUUUUUUUUUCAAUGAAUUGAAUAAAAAAACAAACUUCAAAAUUUGUCAGACGACAAAAGAUGGGCACUUUGGGCCUGAGAACUUUUUUGUUUUUUGUUUUUGACAUUUCAUUAUUUGUUGCCAGGACCUUAAGUGAGUUCAACUAAGGUUAGGACAACGAAAGAUCACAGAUGCUGUGAGAGAGAGCUGGACGUGGUGGCAGACAUAUUGCUUGCCACUAAUGGAUAUAUACUUAAGGGAACAAAAAAACUCUUCUGCAGCUUAAGUUUAACCCAUUAAUAUAUUUCAAAGGCUGUCGAAAUCCACCAGCUUGCAAGGCAAGUCAAUCCAUGACACCCCAAAAAUUCCCAUCUGCUUUAGUCAGUGUAAUAGCAUAAGCUAGGCCAUGAGUACUUGAACAGUAAGGGGGCAAUGGGACUCAUUCACAAACACUGCCUUGCUCUGCUUUUCUGAUUUGUUUGUGCACACUUCCUAUAAAAUAAAUUAGGCUCUUAAAAAUGUUUGUUAACCCCUUUGAAAUCAUGGCAACAUUUGUCCUUUUUUUGACUAUUGUGUUAUGAACUUGAGAAUUGUGUGAUGAGCUGGCAAUAUAUUUUUGAAAGUCAUAUUUAUUAAAUAUUUUGUAUGAAAAGAGAAUUAAAGUUGUCUUUCUUCUGGAA